AUGGUGAAUGAUGAGAUCAAUAAAAACAUAGAGGUAAUAGAUGAUGCAUAUUUUUGCAAAACUGUAAAAGCAGAAUUACAGAAUUUAACGGAAGAGUAUAAAAAGAAAAUAAAAAAAAAUUUUUUAUUUGAGUAUUUGUUCAAGAUUGAAGUACUCGUGGUUUCGUUUUUCCUCGCCCCAUUAUUAAGUGGAAUAUUACUACUAAAAGAUAGCGAUAUUAUCAGCACACAUUAUGUAACGUCUUUGUUUGUCCUCCUAUCUCUGUUGCUAGUUCUCUUUACAUUCCUUUAUUAUGAAAUAGAGGAAGCUCAAAACAACGAAUGUCUAAACAAAAUAGAUGAAGCCGAAAAGAUACUGUCACCAAGGAAUUUUAUAAAAAAUAAAAAAGAUGAUAUCCAUUUUAAUUAUUUAUGUAAUUCUAAUUUUAUUUUUAUCUUGAGGAACAAAAAAUGGGAGCUCUUACCGACCAACUUACUGAUAAAGCAGGACGUCUUUCUGCUGCGGGCAGGAGACCUCAUUCCGUGCAGAUGUGUAGAGUACAACAUUAAUAAUAACGAAUAUGGAAGGGAAUACGAAAAGCAUGAGGUAUUUAUGCCGAUGGACAAAUAUAAAAUUAGUGUUAACUUGUUAACGAAAUAUUGCAAAGAUGAAAAGAGGGAAUACCUUCCGUCUUUCCACCUAUAUUCAUUUGUAUCAUAUGAUAACGUAUCUAUUUCUACUAUUAAAAGAUAUAUUGAAGAUAAAACAAGUAAAAAUAAAAAUUCGAAAAAUAAAGGAAAGUUGAGGAAUGUUAUACUAACGGAAAGGAUACAUAGGUUUUACAUUUACACAUGGACCAUCCUGUUCUUUAUAUCAAGUUUGUCGACUGUUAUAAGCCUUUUGGACUUAAGAAAGGAUAUAGGGAAGAUCCCUCAUUUCGUCGUUAUUUAUUUUUUAAUAUAUAAUGUGUUGAUGUCUAUUACUGCCUUACCUUUUUUCCACAGGAUAUUUUCCGAGUUAAUUUAUGGCUAUUGCUCUUCACUAAAUAUGAUAUAUAAGGAUUAUUUUAAGAAUGCUACGAAUUAUGAACAGAGAGAGUUUUCAUCUUCUUUUGAUUUUUCCUCGACGACAGAGGAUAGCUCCUAUGUUAAUAAAAAAAAGAUCGGUUUGUUCUAUACCCUGAAGAGUAUAUUUAUGUUGAUCAUAAAGAUAGACAAGUGUUACUUGAACAUCCUGAGCGACUGCUCUGUCUUGUGCUUCGUGGACAGCAGUAGCAUAUUAUUUGAUAGUAACCAUAGUAUCAAGGAAAUCUGUAUUUAUAAUUACUUGAACAAUAAAAAAGACGUUUGUUUAAAUAGUAGUAUGAAUGCUAUUCCAAAAAAUUAUAACUACAUUUUAACCAUUAUUGAUGUUUUUAUGGAUAACAAAAGUAUGUACGCCUAUCAACGAAUCAAGAAUUUAAAAAUUCUGCAUUCCUUAUUCUUAAUAUCAUACUAUACGCAAAUACCCAAGUAUAUAAAGCUCCUGGAUGCGUUUCAGAACCAUAUAUUGAAUUACAUGAACCAAGGAGAUUGUAGUUUUCUCUAUAUUUGUCUGUGUGAUAUUGGACAUAUGUCUAAUUCCUAUAAUAAGUUUUUAUUUCACAUGCUCUUCUUUUGCAUAGAAAACAAAAGCGAUUAUGAGUUAUACAAAAAAAAGAACACAGAACUAAAGAAACAUAAAAAAUCAGUUGUACCUAGGGGAGAGUUACCCUAUUACGUGUAUGAAAAUGAGGAAAAGGAAAACUCCCUAGGAAUAAACAUAUAUGAUAAUUUAAUGAAAAGGGACAAUUUUGUUUUUAUUUUUAUUUUAUAUGAAAAGAGGAAGGACAAGUACCACAUGUUCUUGAAGGGCCAGCUGGACGCCCUCCUUAGCAAAUGCAUGUUUUAUUACGAUGGGAAAAUAAUAAAGAAAUUAAAAAGGACAAAAAAAAAGGUGUUGAGAAUUUUAAAUAUCCAGUGGAUAUCAUCAGGCAUAGAAAGCAUAUGUUUUGCGUAUAGACCUCUAAGCAAGAUCGAAGUAGAAUAUUUAAAACAAAAUUUUAGCAAAAAUAUUUACAUAUUAACAAUAAACAAAAGAAAGGUUUAUAACAUAAAGAACUUUUACAAUGAAAAAUCGUUUCCUGUAAAGGAAAAUCAGAAGUUUCUUUCUCACUUGUUGUCGACCAGCAUCUUCAUAGGAAUCAGAUUUGUGCAUUUUAGUAAAACGGAUCAAGCAAACACAAGAAAUGUAGCAAACUUAUUAGGAAUGGAAACGAAUUGGAAUACGUCCAUUUCGUUGAGUCUGAAUGAUAAGUUAGGGCACAUACAGCCGAGCUUCAAAAAUAGAGACGGAAAAGUUGUUAUCCCUAGUGGCAUAAAUAACAUAAAGACACACAUAGAGGAAGUGGAUGACAUUCCUCUUCGCGUUUCGUCCUACUCAGGUUGUAAUCAAUUUAAUACAGCGGAAAUGAUCAAAAUUUUACUUGAGAACAACGAGAUUAUUACUUGCGUUGGGAAUAGCUUGAACUGUGAGAACUUUGGAAUUUUCAAUUUGUGUAAUUACUCUAUAUCUGUAUUACUUCCUUUUAAUAAUGUGUGUAAGGACUGCUAUGGAAAAAGAGGAAGGAGCAGUCCCUUUGAGGAACCGUCAGCACAACAAAACCCGCUGAUCACAUACUCUUCCUUCGUAAAUAGUUUUCCCUGUAAUUUGAUCAUUGAGAAGAGCUGUUUGGAUAUGUCUCAAAACAUAAUGGAAAUCGUUUAUAAAUUAUUGAAGAAUUCAAGAAUACACAAAAAGAAUGUGUACUUGACAAUUUUUUAUUUUUAUUUUUUUUAUUCUCAAUUGUCCUUUUUAGUAUUCAUAAUUUCUGUUUUUUUCCUUCCUCCCUUUAUAUCCGUUGUUGAUUUCCUCCUUUUUAUUCUUUUAAUAAUUCCCUUGCUUGCAAUGUCCCUUUUAAGUAAUAACAACAACUCAACCAUAAUGAACGAUAUACCGGAUAAAGUUAUCACAAAGGAGUUUUUAGUAAACAAGCUGUUUUUUUUUCUGAUAAAAUGGAUACCCCUGCUAGUGUUUUCCACCAUUCUGUCUCUAUAUUAUUUGCAUUUAAUAAACAAAGCAUUUGCAAAUAAAUAUGUGAUAAGCGGUCAUAUGGAUGCUCAGAUGUCAAGCAGCUUGAAAGAAAAUUCUAUGAAAAAUAUAACUCAUCAUUGCUCCCAAGUUUUACUUAUAAAAUCCUUCUACAAGUGUCAAGUGCUACUUCACACCUAUUCUACAAAUCAGCCGAGCGGAAAACUUAGUAUGGCAGCCGUGAUGAUAAAGGAAGCGCAAAUUUUUUUUUUUUUCUUUUUUUCUCUUUUUUUUUUCAUUUCUUCUUUAUCCUUCAGCGACAAGUUUGAAUCCUUGUUCAAAUGGAGUUGUAUACAAAACUCGAAAACAUAUUUUUCAUGUUUAUUUGUCUUUCUAAUUUUAAGCUUUUUAUACGUAGCACUCCGCAUACGUAUGCUCCCUCCCUAUUACAUAAAGCAGUACCCGGAUAUAACCCUCAUAGUGCUGAUGCUCAUUUUCAACGGAGUUAUAUUAGUAACAAAUGAAACGAUAAAAAAAGUGGAAGAGAAAAUACAAAUUAAUCGACAGAAAUAUUUGAAGGUUUUAUUUGGUACUCGUUUGGGGAUGUGGAGUCCAAAAUAA